GUGGGGGAAGUGAAUAGGGCCAUCAAAGCACAGUAAAUGAAAUUUGGUGGAGGGGGGGAAGCUCAAAUAAACUCUUAACAGUGGACCCUUCGGAACAGCUCCAAAUUGGAUUUAAGUAAACGCAUGGGGACUGGCAGAAUUGAACAGUGGAGCUAGCUUGCUACUGACUGUAACGUAGUAUCUAGAAUUAAAAAAACGUGCUUUUAGCAAGCUAGCUAACGUUAGUCUACUGGGAUCCGAAGAAAACGUAGUUUUUGAGAGAACAGACGUCUAAUUGAAAGGCUUCUACACAAAUCCAGUGGCUUGCUUCAUGAAUUAUGUCUGCAACAAGUAUUGACCCUCAGAAUUCAAAAGGACAAGACGCUAAAGUCUUUCCGGUUUCAGUGCAAAAUGGCUCACUCCACCAGAAGGAAACUGUCCAUGAUAAUGACUUUGAGCCCUAUCUCACUGGCCAAUCCAAUCAGAACAACAGCUACCAAUCCAUGACUGACCCUUACUUGUCCAGCUACUAUGCCCCCUCCAUUGGAUUUCCCUACCCUCUUAGCGAGGCCCCUUGGUCCACCGGUGGCGACCCCCCUAUCCCUUACCUGACUCCCUAUGCGCCCCUCAGCAAUGGAGACCACCACUUCAUGCAUGACACUGUUUUUGGCCAGCCUGGGGGGCUUGGCAGCAGCAUCUACCCGCAUAGGUUUAACUUUUUCCCUGAGAACCCGGCCUUCUCCGCCUGGGGUACCAGUGGGUCUCAAGGCCAGCAGACUCAGAGUUCAGCCUAUGGGGGCAGCUACAGCUACCCUCCCAGCUCCCUGGGGGGCACACUAGUCCCUGAUGGCCAAACAGGGUUCCACAGUGACACUCUGAGCAAGGCACCAGGUAUGAACAGCCUUGAACAAGGGAUGCUGGGGCUGAAGAUGGGUGGGGAUGUGUCUGGCAGUGGCUCAGGUGUGAAGAGCGUGAGUUCUGUGAUCGGCGGUAGUGGUGCUGUAGCUCAGGCUGUUGUUACAGGCAACGGUGGAACACCAAUUGGCAUGCCCCCUCCUAAGCCCACGUCCUGGGCCGCUAUUGCCAGCAAACCAGCCAAGCCACAGCUGCUGAAGGCCAAGGCCAAGCCAGGCAUGCCCAUGGGGGGAGCUCUGCCACCACCGCCCAUCAAACACAACAUGGACAUUGGGACAUGGGAUAACAAGGGGCCUAUAAGCAAAGUGGCCCCUCCGCUGCCCCCCCACCACCAACAUCAGCAGCUCCACUCUCAUAGCCAUGCCCACCUUCCCCACGGGCUCCCCCCUCCCCCUCAGCAGUCCAUUCAAUCUGCCCAGUCCCUUGUGCAGCAGAUGACCAUGGGCCCGCCCCCUCCACAGUCAUACCAGAACCACAACUUAGGCCCGCCCCCUCAGACCCGCUGGGUUGCCCCGCGCAACCGUAAUCCGGGCUACGGCGGGGGCAGCAUGGACAGCAGCGGUUCCUCUAGUGGCGGGGGUGUUGGGAAUGGAGGGGGUGUUCCUCCAGGUUCUGGCUCAGGUCUAGAGAACCACCCUGUACUGGAGAACCUGAGGGCUGCCCACAGCUACAACCCUAAGGAGUUUGACUGGAACCUGAAGAACGGCCGCGUGUUCAUCAUCAAGAGCUACUCUGAGGACGACAUCCACCGCUCCAUAAAGUACUCCAUCUGGUGCAGCACAGAGCACGGCAACAAGCGUCUGGACUCAGCCUUUCGUGCCAUCAGUGCCAAAGGCCCUGUCUAUCUGCUGUUCAGUGUUAAUGGCAGUGGGCACUUCUGUGGCGUGGCAGAGAUGCUCUCGCCCGUGGAUUAUGGCACCAGUGCUGGCGUCUGGGCGCAGGACAAGUGGAAAGGCAAGUUUGAUGUGGACUGGCUGUUUGUGAAGGACGUGCCCAAUAGCCAGCUGAGGCACAUCAGGCUGGAGAACAACGACAACAAGCCGGUGACCAACUCUAGGGACACUCAGGAGGUCCCUCUGGAGAAGGCCAAGCAAGUGCUGAAGAUCAUUGUGGGCUUCAAACACACCACCUCCAUCUUUGAUGACUUCUCCCACUAUGAGAAGAGACAGGAGGAAGAGGAGGUUGUCAGAAAGACCUAUGAGCCAAUUCCAAUACAGCGAGGGUCCCGACUUGAUCAGGAACACCAAAACCGAAGUAAACCACAAUAGAAGACUACUCCUUAUAGCUUGAUCAACGGUUGUACUUGGAUGGACAUAUUGAAAUUUAGAUCAUAAAAAAACAAGAGGACAUAAAGAAAUUUCUAACUUAAAUUUCUUUUUCUAUUUAAUUUUGAUGACUUUGGCCCACAUCAAACUUUGAGCCACCUUGCUCCUGGUCUGGUUCCCAGUCUACAAGUUGUGCGCACAGAUCAAAUUGCUUCAUCAUUUUUAGUGUUCUUUAUUUUGUAUUUUAACCCUGGUCUCCUAUUUGUUAUACCCCCACACGCACAUCCUUAAUUAUGAUUAACAAUUAUCUGCACGUCUUUAAAAAACAUGCUGCUGAUAUUCAGUGACUGUUCAACUUGUGGUGUGAGUGUUGGAGAAACUUUAAGUGCUUGUAUUGCUUGUUCUGAUUUAGGAAGAGUGAACGUGACAACAGAAUCUUGACAAAUGUUUGAUAACUACAUGGAACAGUUUUAUUUUGCAUAAUCAGAAGAAGUGUUCUGUUUUGCCCUUGUCCAUCUGAGGGUGGUUUGUGGAUGGUAGAAGAUUGUCUAUCCAAAAAGCUUCUGCAACUGAUUGAUAUUAUGGAUAAAGUGAAAGUUUAAAAAUGUAUCACUUGGCUUAGUGGAGCCUUAACAUUUCUUACUGACAACACUGUCAAUUAAAUGAUAUUUGCUCUACUGUACCUCAAGUGUAUCAGCAAAAAGAUUCAAAGGAAAGAUGUCUAGAACAUCCCCUCUCAAGGGAGGUCUCUCUCUUUGUUUUUGAUGGGGUGGAAAUGCAAACAUACUCAGUUCAGGUUCUUAGCCGGACAAUACGAUUGUCUUUUCCCUUAUUUUAAAUCAUGUCUUUCCUUUAUCAUAUCUGUUGCAUUUCUCUGUUCCCUGUCAUUCCAACAAUGGGGGUCCCUGUUUAAGUCAUUUUGGGGACAAAAUGUAGCAUGUACUGCUUUUAAAUUCAAGAUUGGCCUGUCAUUUUGUUUCUGCGCCUUGUCAUUUCCAUACAGAAUUAAAAUGUUGAUAUUUUUCUCUCUAUAACCCUUCCACUUCAUCCUCAGAAAUGUUAAGCUUUAAUGUACUGGCAAAGCUAAUUGAGAACGCCUGAAAUGUGUAUCCUUAUAAUUAAUGUUACUGAUUUAAUGUCAAGUGUAUGAAAACCCAGAGAAUGGUCUUCAUGGUAUCUGUGUGAUUUCCUUAAUUUUUUGGGGGCUUGCUGUACUGUGUAUGUCCGUAUGCAAGUGUGAAAGACUGAGAGGGAGUGUGAUUGAGGGAGUCAGAUUUAUAUAAUGGUAUUGGAAGUGAUUCAUGAUAAUAUAUGAACAUUUUAAGAAAAUAAACGUAGAAAACAAAUGUUUAAGUCACUCCUGAAUUAAAUAUGCAUUGUAUCAAAGGUCACUAUCACAUUCUUAGAUUUGAUCAUGGUCAUUAUUAAAGGUAUACUAUCU